GGGUUGGGCAGUCAACCAAGGUCCUUGGAAAGCACAACAAAGCACUUGUUCACAGACACAGAACCGUCUCUGCGCGUGGGACCGGACGAAAGAGAGAGCCACCACAACUAAAGCAGGUCACUAAUAAACAGGUUCAUUUCGUUGCUGAGUUUAUUUCAACCUCUCUGGUCUACAUCUUGACGGAUACAAAGUAAACUCGCAAAACGACGGCGUUUUCGGUACUGCGUUAAGCGCCAACAACCGUCAGUUUUUUUCUUUUACUUUCAGGUCCCUGCCAAUCUUUGAGAGAUGUUUGAGAAGCAGCGUUACGACAGCCCUCCCGUCUACAGUCCUCCAUACAGCCAGGAAUCCAAUGGCUACGGCCCCCCGCAAAGCUACCACCCGCCCAGGAGUGAGUUUGACCCAUACCCACCCCCACCGGGCUCCUACUACAUGGAAGAGAAGCCCCAACACUUCUACAAGUGGAUCUCUCCUCCUGGCAUCGUCAAGGCCAUGUUUGGCACAAUCAUAGUGCUCUGUGUGGGGAUCUUUGCCUGUGUGGCCUCCACCCUUGUUUGGGACAUGCAGUACGGGAUGGGGGGGAUGGGCUCCUACGGCGGAGGGAUGGGCUACAGUGGCGGUUAUGGGGGAAUGGGAGGCGGCUAUGGCUCCAGCUACGGCUCUGGCUAUGGAGGAGGCUACGGAGGAGGCUAUGGUAACUAUGGUAGCUCCUAUCCGACACCUUACUCGGCCAAAACAACCAUGAUAGCUAUGGCGGCCAUCAACUUCUUUGUGGCGCUGGGAUUCUUCGUGGCCAGUUUCUCUAAAUCAACCACGUUCAGGAGCAGGAAGUUCUUCCUGGUGGUUCUGGUGGUCAGUGUCAUCAUGGCUGUCAUCCAGGGUAUCAUCACCAUUGUGUACGUCGUAGGGGUGAACCCUAUGGCACAGAGCUCUCAGAACAUGAUGUACAACCCUAUGCUGAUGAUGUGCCAGAACCUGUACGGAAGCAGCUAUUCUAAUAUGGGUGGAGUGGGUGGUUUCGGCAUGUAUAAUCAGUACCUCUAUCACUACUGCUACGUGGACCCACAAGAGGGUGUAGCCAUGGUGUGUGGCUUCCUGGUUACCGCUGCCUUGGUCGUGGCUGCUUUCUUCUCCCACAAAACCAGAGGCAAGAUCUGGCGCUACGGCAAGCCAAACAUCUACUGGGAACAGCCCCCUGAGACUGGAGGACUAGUUUCUGAAGGCAGAGAUGUGAAGGACUGGGUGAACAAUGUAGAGGACGGACAAAGUACUCAGGGUGCACCUACCGUGGUGCUGUCAGAGAAGUCCGUCCCCCUCAACGCCUCAGCCAAUAGCAUCAUCUCCUACCCGACCAAGGCUGACAGCAGGGUGUACAUUGGAGACGCCUACAAUGAUAACGUGUAUUCGGAGCAACUGGCUAUCCUUCCCUCGGACCAGCCCUCCCAGGGGGCAAGUUCCAGCCCCUCUGAGGAGGCAGGUGGGGUCAGGAAGCCCUCUGCCAACAGGGGGAAGAGGCGCCGGCGCAACCCUGAGCUGGAUGAAUCACAGUACGAAACAGAGUACACCACUGGAGGAGAGACUGGCAACGAACUGGACCCAGAGGAGUGGGAGAGCGUCUACCCAGAGAUAACGUCAGACGGCCAGCGUCAGGAGUACAAGAGGGAGUUUGAUGCCGACCUGAGGGAGUACAAACAUCUGUGUGCUGAGAUGGAUGACAUCAGUGACCAGAUGAUCAAACUCAGCAGGCAGCUGGACACACUGGACGAGACCUCCGCCCAGUACCAGGUUGUGGCAGAGGAAUAUAAUCGACUGAAAGACCUUAAGAGGACACCAGACUACCAGGCUAAGAAGCUGGAGUGUCGCAAGUUGAGACACAAACUGUUCCAUAUCAAACGUGUGGUCAAGGCCUACGACAAGAGCCUUUCUUAAAGCCAAGCUCUCCCUCCAACCCUAUCCACCCCCUCUGUCGUCAUGACAACACCACACUCCUGGACUAAGAAUAUGCAAAACACUAAGAUUAUGUAGAAUGUUGAAAACCAAAGCUCCCUUCUUGGCAUUUACACACACACACACACACACACACACACACACACACACACGGUUAUGUGAUUCCUUCUGCCUCGAUUAAUUUCAGACCAGUUCUCUUCUCUAUGUGGAUUGCUUCACAGACACUAUCGUACACUGUGGGGUUGAAAGACUAUAUUCAUAAUACUUCACACGUAACACACAGCCCACUAGCACUGCCAUAUUCCUAACUGCGCCUAGUAAGUAACAUUGUUGUACAUGCUUGCCUUGAAACACGGCAGUCUAUUUGACUGAAUGGGUGUGGUUAUAAAAGGUUACUUCAAUGUCGUUUCACCUGAGGUCGUCUGUGAUAGAGGCAUUGGGCCUUUUGCUGGUUCCUGUUUGCAUUGUUUUAUCUCCACAGAUAAGGCAGUAUCGUAGAAAAGGUCGAGUCACAUUGCUGAGUAUGCAUCAAUCCUACUAGAACAAACCCGUGCUGUGUGCUUCAGGCACUCCACAAAAGAAAGCUAAAAUACCCGCUGUUUUCUCUUAAAAAGGACUGAAUUCCACCUUAUAUUAUGACAGUUGGAGGACCUGCAGUAUGUGAACACUCUCUGAGCUGCGUUCGUAAAUUCAUUCUGGUUAUCUACCCGGAUUUCAGAGCACUCUAGUCUUUGUGCCAGAGCGCAAAUAACUGACAACAGAUGAACAUGACUGGUGUCAGUUAACGUCGGUAAAAAAGAAGGGGAAAAGCGUAAUUAAAUUGUUGCCAGCAGCACAGUUACAGUCACCAACGCACCAGGGUAACAUGAAAACAGCAUAACCAGCUCUGUCAGGGCGAGUCAAGUGGUCAGAGGGAGGUGUUCUAGCGUUUGUGUCUGGAAGUAGCUAGAGAGCUAGGCAACGUUAGUGUGGGAGCUUGACUGCCAUUGGGAGGUCAGAACGCACGGAACAACCGUAGUCCUCGGGCCACAGCGUCUAGUGCGCUUCUCUGAACGCUCAGACGAGAGCGAAACGCUCUGAAUGUACGAACUGACAACACCGCACUCUAAAUUUACUCGGCUAUUACAGAUUGAAUUUAGGAACUGACACUCUGACAAGACCACACUCUGAACGUACUCGGGCAUUACAGAUUGAAUUUAGGAACUGACACUCUGACAACACCACACUCUGAACGUACUCGGGCAUUACAGAUUGAAUUUAGGAACUGACACUCUGACAACACCACACUCUGAACGUACUCGGGCAUUACAGAUUGUAUUUAGGAACUGACACUCUGUUGUGUAUUGCCAUGACAACCUCAAAGUUGUGUUUGAGAAAAGUCGGGCUAUGUUUGCAACAUUGUCAGUGAAAUUACUAUUGUACUGUGUCUGCAGAUAAUUUCCAAUAUCACCAUCUAGACUUCUUCUAAAUCUGUUGUCCAUUGUGAUUAACUGUAUAUUUUGUAUAUAUUUUGGAGUUAAACUGGAUUUAAAUGGUGAAGUAUUUACUAAUAACACAGGAUGAAGAGGAACAAAACGCUUUUGUAUUUGUCCUAUGCAUUCUUCAUGUUAGGAGCCGUCGGUCUGAAUUCCUGCCACGUUCACGCGCCAGUCAGAACUAGGAAACGCUGACAUUUCCCACUCGCUAACUGUUGAACGCGGCACGGCACGUCUGUAACUUCAAACCGUUAGCAAGUCGGACAUUUCUAAGUUUCCUAGUUCCGAUUAGUACAUGAACGCGGCAAUAUAGUGACAUUUUGGUCAUUGUGUACUUACUGAAGAGACAAAGGAACUGUUGUCCAGGGUGUUUUCUCAGUGGUCAUUCACAAUGCACUGAUGCUAUGCACAUAUUAAUUAACCAAUGACAGGGGCAGUAUUUUAUGAACAAUGUUUGUCUCAUCAUGUGCUCUUUAAACACUGUGGGAAGCAUGCAUCAAUGUGGUAAAUGUAUCAAUAAGCUCAACUCGGUUUUGAUUGGAUUGUUCUGCUGUGAUAUAAUGAUUUCCUGUGAUAUAAUGUUGAUUUAUUAUGUGUUGUUGUCACUGCUCUGCUAAUACACACCUUCUGCAAGGUGACGCUUCUCAAUGUCAGUUAGAAAAUUAUUUACAGCUAUUUGGAUUAUUUGUUAUUCAUUUGUAUUUUCUAUGUUUGAAUUGAUGAGUUUUAUGGAGAACAGAUUUGUCUCCCCCCCUCAUUUAUGAGUCUUAUUUUUAUAUGAAUUUAUUUCCUUUCAUGUUACUGUAAAAUCUCUUGUAAAAAGGCAUAAUUUCUAAAACGUGUUGAUUGCCAUGAAAAAAAAUAAACUUCUGUAAUUCUUUAACAACGGUAAUGUAACAAAUACAGUAUCCAGGAUCCCUUUCCUUUCUCCUAAUGCCAUCUAAAACCAUACUGCUGGUCAAGUUACCAGCUUGUUAGACAGCUAAACAUGACUGGACUAGGAUGUUUAUUUUUAAACAAAUAUCUAGCAGCCUGCAAGUACCAGGGGAAACAUUUAAGUUUAGCUCCGGUAAUACAGUAUAUCAUAGCUUUUGAAUGGUUUUCUGGAUGGUAAAGUCUGUCUAAUCAGACAUGCUCAUGGUUCUCACAGGGGAGGUGCAAUUAAGCGGUCGCUACCUCACUCUUCAGUAAAGAGGAAAUUCAGCAACUCUUUGAGGACAGCGGGGGAGAAUCUCAAUUAGAUUUUGUUCGACUCCUUGCAACCUCUUCUCUGUCCUCUUCUUGCCUCCUUUUGAAAGAGACUUACAUAUGUUUCAAUUAUCGAUCAGAUUUUCACAACUCAUUUACCAAUCACAUCAUGUCUUGUCUUCCGAUUUGUUUUUCCACCUGUAAACCCCUGGUGAAGAGUGAAGACAAAGGCCCCUGUUGCGUUGGUUUUAUCAACUUCCACUUUCCUCAAAGAAUUGCUGAGUUACUUCUCCAGACUCACAGGUGAGGUGAAAUGAUACAAUGUAUCCACUUUCCUCAAAGAGUUGAUGAGUUACUUCUCCAGUCUCACAGGUGAGGUGAAAUGAUACAAUGUAUCCACUUUCCUCAAAGAGUUGCUGAGUUACUUCUCCAGUCUCACAGGUGAAAUGAUACAAUGUAUCCACUUUCCUCAAAGAGUUGCUGAGUUACUUCUCCAGUCUCACAGGUGAGGUGAAAUGAUACAAUGUAUCCACUUUCCUCAAAGAGUUGCUGAGUUACUUCUCCAGUCUCACAGAUGAGGUGAAAUGAUACAAUGUAUCCACUUUCCUCAAAGAGUUGCUGAGUUACUUCUCCAGUCUCACAGGUGAAAUGAUACAAUGUAUCCACUUUGCUGGCGAUGUGUCCUGCUCAAAUAGUUAUUAUUAAUAUAACAAUUAUAACAACAUCCAAAAGUGAACCAGACAUGAGCCAACAACUUUAACAUCUCUCUUUAGAAGGAAUACGGUUCGUCAGACACGGUCACACUGUUUCUAGACAACUUUGAUGUGUUAUUUCUUACAUUAUUCUUCUAUUUAUUUUCUCAGACCGUUUCCAUGUGUGUAUUGUUUAUUUGUAUUGCUCGGUUUUACUGCGCUGUUGAAGCUAGAAACAAAAGCAUUUCACUGCACCUGAGAACAUCUGCAAAUCUGUGUACGUGACCAAUAAACUUUAAUUUGAUUUUGA